AUGCGGUGGUCUCUGCCCCAUUUCCCAUAUCCGCCUUCCAAGGCAGGGUUCUGGAGCCCCGUCACGUCGACACUGAACUGGUGCGAAGAGGACUACUAUGCGACCGUGUACUCUGCUGAGAUUGUCAAUACCCUGACGAAUCUCCUGUUUAUGUGGCUGGGUAUCAAGGGCAUCAUCAGCUGCCGCCGCAAUGGGCACGACCAGAUCUUCUUGGUCGCCCUCCUGGGCUACCUGGUGGUUGGCACAGGCAGUUUCCUGUUCCAUUCUACCCUGAAAUACCCCAUGCAGCUUGUUGAUGAGCUCUCCAUGAUAUACACAACCUGCCUGAUGGCCUACGCCUCCUUCUCAUACUCGCGUCCAACCGGCGUGCGUCUGGUCCUCGCCAUCUCUCUCCUCAGCUUAGCCGUCUUCAUCACCCUCUAUUACCACUACCUCCAAGACCCGGUGUUCCACCAAAAUGCCUACGCGCUACUAACCACGGUCGUGGUGCUGCGCAGCAUGCAUACCAUGGAGACAACGCUGCGGCCCAAGUGGCGCCACUCGCGCGAGGAGGACCGCUUGGAGCGUCAGAAGAAGGGCCUCUCCGUGCCUUCCAAGGAGCGCCAGCGUUUUGAGAACGAGCGCGACAUGAAGACCCUGAAGACGAUGUGGUUCAUGGUCCUUUAUGGGCUAAGCAUGUUCUUGGGUGGAUUCUUUAUCUGGAAUCUGGACAACCAGUUCUGUUCGCAGAUUCGCGUGAUGCGCCGGAGGGUAGGUUUGCCGUGGGGCAUUUUCUUGGAGGGACAUGGUUGGUGGCAUAUCAUGACCGGCAUCGGUGCAUACUUAUACAUCAUCUGGGGCAUCUGGCUGCGGCACUGCCUGAACGGCCGCCAGGACGACUAUCAUCUUCGCUGGAAGCAUUUCUGGCAUAUUCCUGAGAUUGUUCGUACUACACCGUUGUCUGAGAACGGGGUUGCUCGAGCCAAGAAGUCAACCUAA